AUGUCUAGCACGUCACAAAAACAUAGGAAUUUUGUCGCCGAACCCAUGGGCGACAAGCCGGUGACUGACCUAGCUGGCGUGGGAGAAGUUUUAGGAAAGCGGUUAGAGACUGCCGGUUUCGAUAAGGCUUAUGUGGUCUUAGGUCAAUUUCUAGUAUUGAAAAAGGACCGUGAGUUAUUUCAAGAAUGGAUGAAAGAAACAUGUAAUGCAAAUUCAAAACAAUCUACUGACUGCUACCAAUGUCUAAGUGAUUGGUGUGAUGAGUUCUUGUAA